UGAGAAGUUCUCUCUUCUUAAUUACCUUCCAAUCCAAUUGAUAAGACUGAAUUCAUAAAACAUGAAACGACUCACAUCUAACCUCUCCAUCUUCGCAUCAUCAAAUGGUAACUGCAACAACAACAUUCAAGCAAAAUCAUCAUCAUCGAAGAGCUUCAAUCCAGACGGAGUAGUCGGUCUCGGCAUCGUAGCCGCCAUGAACGAUGUAGAUCCUCUUUACUACGCUAAAUCCAGUACUAGAGCUGCGAUCUUAUCUGUUUCUCCCAGAUCUACGCCUCCGAUUCAAAUCUUCAGCAACGCAUCUAGGUUAUUGGCUCCUGGCUCGCCGCAGCAGGAAAUUGAGUUAUCUGAAGCGUAUACGUGUGUGAUUUCGCACAUUGGUAACAAUUUGAUAAAGAAGAGAGAGUAUAUCGAUGAUGUUUUGGCUCACGAGUCUGAUUUGGUGAGUUCUGAUUCUGUAUUUGCUCGACGCCAUGAGAUUGAAACGACGUUAAUGGCGGUAUCUCCAGUUUUUCGUACAGCCAAUUUUCUCGAUUCCUGCAAUAUGUGUAAGAAGCAUCUUCUUGGACUGGAUAUUUUCAUGUACAGAGGGGAAAAAGCGUUUUGCAGCGCGGAAUGUCGCUGCAAGCAUAUAAUAUUGAUGGAUGAGAAAAGAAAGGAGAAAUACCUUUAUUCUGGAGUUAUGAUGAAACCAAUAGAAUGCUACUCUGUUUCCCCAUGCUCUAGCCCAAUGCAAUUUUUUUCAGGAUUUGCGGCGGCUAUGUAAAAGGGUUAUCGCGGUUGGUUGGUUUCAAAUAAUACUAUAGUUUUUGUUAUAAAUAAGUCAAAUACUAUAUUUUGUUAUGUAUACUUAAGGUGAAGCGGGGAAUAAAAUGAAUAAUAUU